GCGUGAGAAAGAGAGAGCGAGAGGCAGGAAGUUCACUUCCCUGUGGCCUUUUCACUCAAGCGGCACAAUGACUUGUGAUUGGGGGCCACAUCAUUUAGACAUGUACACACAGACACGGAAAAGACAGAGAAGAUUGUGAGGAUUGUAGGGACACAAACCUAUCUGUAAAUCUAAGACACACAGCUUAGAACUAUGAACCUCCACGCUUUGUUCAACCACUGAAGCUAAACAUGCUGGACAGCUACUACUGAAGCAUCUCAGCUCAUAGAAUGACACCAAACACCACCCUUCCAUUCGUCCUCGUCACCUCAGCCACCCAAGAUGACAAAGCCAAGGUGGUGGACAUCGAGGCCAUCAUGAACAACUUAAUCAUUGUCCUUUACACGCUGACCAUUGUAUUGGGCACCACGGGCAACUCUGUAGUCAUCUGGGUGGCAGGCUUCAAGCUCAAGCCCACCGUCACCAAUGUGUGGCUGGUCAACCUGGCCGUGGCCGACCUCAUCUUCUGCCUGAGCCGUGUGCUCUCGCUGACCAAGAAGCUCUUCUACGACUACUGGCCGUUCGGCAUCUUUUUAUGCAAGUUCAACGGCUUCUUCAAGUAUGCCAACAUGUUCUGCAGUGUGUUCCUGCUCGCUGUCAUCAGCAUGGACCGGACGCUCUGCGUCUGGCACCCCGUCUUUACCAAACGGCGUAGGACGAUCUGCGCCGCCCGCCUGGUGAGUGCCGGCGUGUGGGCGGUGGCGGCCAUUUUGAGCGCCCCCUACUUCGUCUACCGCCAGGUUUACCUCGGCAAGAACAACCUGAGCAAGUGCUCGCUAGAUGUCAAGGAGUCAACGAAAGGCGAUAACAGCGCUAAGCUAGCGCUCUACCUAAUGCGCUUCCUAUGCGGUUUCCUGCUUCCUUUCCUCAUCAUCCUCUGCUGCUACAUCCUGGCAGGGCUAGGCAUCAGACGCACCCGCCUGUUGGGCAAGUCACGUCCACUCCGUAUCCUGGCAUCGCUGGUCUGUGCUUUCUUCCUGUGCUGGGCGCCCUACCACUGUCUCCUACUGGUCAAGAUGGUGAAGAGCAACAGUAUGGUGGUGAAGGUGGGGCUGACCGGGGCCACAGGCUUUGCCUACUUCAACAGUUGUGUGAACCCGCUGCUGUACUUCUGUAUGGGGUUGGACAUGAGAGGGUCAAGGUUCAGGCAGAGCUUAGCGGGGGUGUACCGGAGAGCACUAGCCGAUGACAGAGAUGGUCGAAACACGCAGUCCAACGAGCGCACAGUGGAUGAGAGUUCUGGCUCUGCAUCGCGACUUGCAAUGGUGAAUGUGGCCAAUGUCAGUUUCGAGUGAAUGUGGCCAAAGUCUGUGGGAAGUCACAUUUGGUAUGAGGAGGAGUUCUUGUCCUUAUUAGAUCACAGGCUAAUUAACAGUGAAUAGCUGAAUAGCUUGUGUAGACAAACAUUUUUCAUAUUUUUUAUCAGUUAGGAUACAUAUAGUCAUAGGGUAACUGUGAAUUUAUGUAAAUGCCUCAGGAAAUAAUUAUCACACUUUCAAAGUGUUAUGUGAUGAAAAUCACCGAAAGAAAGUGGAACUGUGCCUGGAAAAUAGAAAAUAACCUAUCAGGAGGAAGUGAUACAACUGCUGGGGAAAGUCAUAGAUGACUUCAAUCAUGCUGUUUUACUAAGUGUAAGUGGCAAAUAUUCUUAUACAGGUACUUACCGGUGUAAACUACAAAAUUAUCCCAAUUUGAUAAGUUGCUUAAGGGACAGCUCACAAUUUACUGGGGGGUGGUCCAAAAUAGGUGAGUGUUGUCAAACUUUGUCUUUGUUGCUUUGUGGUGGGUUGUGUGUUUUUUUUAUUGAGCACAUGCCAGUAUAGUCUACCAGUCUAACGGUCUAUCCAGCAUUCAUAGUGACAAUAGUGGUAGAUGGAUAAUUUGUCCAGAUGUGCAAUAGGCUAACUAACAAUCACACCACACAUAAAACCAUUCAAAACUGCACCUCAUUCACUCUCAUUGAUGAUUAAAA